AUUGUUUCCUGUGGGGUAUGAUUCUUUAGAGCAUUACUCUUAUUAAAGAAAAAAAAAAAAAGCAUGAGUGCCAAUGGAAAUAGUCAAGAUGAUCAUCAAUCUUUGUCAGAGGUGCUUCGAAACACACAUGCACGAAAUCUUACUGCCUAUAAACGAUUGUUGUCAGCGCAAGAAUGUUCAGCAAAUGAGACAAAUGAGCCUCCUUUGGACAUCUUCUGGGAUGUUGUAGUCAUUACAGCAAGCGACAAACAGCAUCGACUUGUCUACGAGCAUCGAAUUGACCAGAAAUUAGCACGAGGUCAAAUACCCACUAGCGUCAAAUAUCAUGUUGUAGAAGACCCGCCUCAGUCCAAGAUUGGAGGCGGAGGUUCGACAUUUCUGGUAAUGAAAGUGCUUCGAGAGAUGUAUUCGCAGGAAUUCCUCGAAAAUGCACGUGUUCUUUUGAUCCAUGCUGGUGGUUAUAGUACCCGCUUACCGCAUGUUAGUGCUCGAGGAAAGAUUUUUACCACGCUUCCUCAAGCCGACUCUCAGCAAGGUAUCGACGUAUUGGAUCUAAAAUUUGUACUAUAUAUGCACCUACUCAAAGACAUGCCUCCAGGAGUGUUUUUGACGAGCGCUGAUGGAAUCGAGUUAUUCUCAUCCAACACUCCCUUUCCUAGCCAACCCAAAGCAAGAACGAUUACAGCUCUAGCACAUCCCUCUUCAACCCGGAUCGGAAGCACGCAUGGAGUUUAUUUAUUACAGGACCCAAAUGGUAUUGUUGAUAUCGAUAGGAAGCUGAGGCCAGAAGCGCAGUCAGCGAGGUUGUUGAAGUGUCAGCAGUUUAUACAUAAACCAUCACUAGAAACCAUGCAGAAAAUUCCCAUGCUCAUUCAUGGCGAUGCCUCGAAUGACGAUGAGAGGAUUGUUUACACUGAUAGCUGCUAUUAUUUUGAUCCGAAGACUGCCGAAAUCAUGGCUGAUACAUAUCCAAAGCUCCAUCCUGAAUGCGACUUGGAAGCAUGGGCUGAUAUCCUCAGCUUCCAGAAUAAUGUUCCUUCACUUGAAUCUUCUAAUGACCAACAAAUUGUCAAGCAGGCUCUUCAGGAAGCAGGGAUCGCUUUGGAUGUCAUGGUCUUGAAUGCGUCUAGAUUUUAUCAUUUAGGUACCAUGCAGGAAUUUCUAGAGGCUGUAUGUGUUGACAAGGCGUUCAUGUCAGAGCUUAAUAUCCGGAAUAAGAUUGAAGGACUUGCUGAAGUCGACAAUCUUAUAGGCUCUAUAGCAACGAAAGAAAGUUAUGGAAAUCCUCAUAUACAGAUAGAUAAGCCAUCGUAUAUUGAAAACUCGUCCUUCUCUGCAUGUUCAGGCACUCUUGCGAUGCCCACUUCCAUUACUGAGACCAAGGUUCUCGCCAACUCUAUCCUUGUCGAUUGUGAUCUCCCUGCAGGCACAAUUAUUCCUUUGAACACCUGUAUGUUCGUGUUACAACUACAAGAGCAAGAGUUUGUUACGUUCACAUUCUCAAUAUAUGACGACAUGAAGAAGGAGGCUCGAAUCGAUCUAGAAAUCCCUUCAGCAGUUUUUGAGGAACUUAAGAUCUUUCAAAAAGUCCCCUUGAGCGCCGUAAUAGAACAACCAAGGAUAUCUUCUAUGGAUCUAUCAAUGGCAGCGACAUAUAAUAGCGGGUUCUCGCUAUGGAACGCACCUUUGUUUGAGAUCGCACGAACAAAACAGGACAGCAUACUAUGUGCGAUAAGGCGCUUGAAUAUUAUUCGCAAUUACCUUGACGCUGAAAAGGAGGGCAUAAUAGCUGAUGCCGAUGGGUUCAUGCCUGAGAUCGUAGGCUGGACAUCACUAAAGACCGCUGCUAAAAGAGCGCGAGAGUAUUUUAAUCCACUAUAGAACUAGUUAUCCUUUAUUUAUUUAUUUUAGAUAUUUUGAA